CUCCCCAACGCCAAGAUCUCAUCAAAAUCGCAGUGAAGAAAAAGGCAGAACCGCCGAGCGGAAAUCCGGAAUUGCGAUUGUUCAUCCCCAUCGGGAAACGAAAGCGAAGAGAUCGGCUCCUCCCAAACGCUUCGAUCACAAUGGCUGCAGGGCGUGGUGGGUUGAUUCUAGAUCAGAACUUCAAUGCUAACUACAAUGGAGGUUCUCUAGGGGAAAUUUCUAAAGUGAUGAAAGUGCAGAAGAAAGGAGGGGUUGGUGGAAGAAAACCUCUCGGCGAUUUGUCAAAUGCAGGGAAGCCUGCUCUUAACCAGGUGUCCAAGAAACAGAAUUUGAAGAGUUUCGCUCUGAUUAAUGAAGAUAUUGGUUCCUCCAAGGUCCCGAGUGAUCUAUCCAAAAAGAGAAGUACUUCUAAAGCCUUGGACAAACCGCAGACAAGGAGCAGAAAAGCACUUUCUGAUAUUUCUAAUUCGGCGAAGCCACAUGUAUCCGAGGCAUCAAAGAAGACCGUGAAGAUGAAUGUUCUAGCAGAGGAACCAAUUGAUACUGGUUUUAUUGCCGAGGAACAAUUUCUUCACAACCACAAGGAGUGUAUAAAACAGCAGACCACUGCCGUGGACAUGGACCAUUUUCUGGAGACUCUCAGACUCGGUUUUCGCAACAAGCAUGUCUCUACUCCCUGCCUGUCUCCACUGAGCUGUAGAUCGAAGCAUGAGAGCCCCUCAAGGCUUUUGCAAUAUGAACAGAUGGCUGAGCUGCAGAUUUCAGCAGUCAGAUCUCCGAAACAUAAGCUGUCAGGCGAACUUGAUGACUCCCCACAGCCGCCAAGCAGCCCCAAAUCACCAAAUAUUCGUAUGCACUGGAAGGACCAGGACAUGGUGAAUUUCAUGUUGAUGGAAACGCCAGGCUUACUGAAGCACUGAAUUUCUUAUAUUAGCUGCUAUGGGAAAAGGAAAUGUGAUGCUGACAUUGAAUGUUGUACCGUCAGACCUGUGACGGCUCCUUCUGGGAUUUUGUUGUGGUCCAAGUGAACCCGUCUUUAGGAAUCAAGGAUCUAUUUGGCACGAUUGUGUGCUGCUUGUUGAUGGAAAUACCGAGAUUGCUGAAGUAUCCAAUUUCAUACAUUCAAUGCUAUUAGUUAGAAAAUCUCAAGCUGGAUUGAGCUUCGUAGGUAUUGGAGUGGGGAAGUGUGAUGCCGACAUUGAAUGUUCUACGGUCAGACCUGUGACCGCUCUUUUUUGCAUUUUGUCGUCGUCUAAGUGAACCUCUUCUGGGUAUGAACGAAAGAUAUUUGGCUCUAUUGUGUUCA